UUUAUUUAAAUGAUCCCUCCUGCACUCGCAACCUGUGGACGUGGGUUCUGACUGGUACUCUGGCGAGGAAGCCAGAGGCUGGUAAGCGUGUGCGUCUCUUCCCGACCCGGAGGCGCCCGCCGGGGCGCAGUCUUCAGAGGCAAGUCCAAGCUUCUCCAGUGGAUAUGGACAUACCCGCGCCCUGGGACAAGGAACUAUGACUGUACCUUCUGCCCCAGGCCCUUCUUGCCCUCAUUAGCGCCCACCCUUAAUUGAGGAGCCAGUGACUAUUGGCUGAAGUUGCCAGCGAUUUGCAUGAACUGAGGGAGUGUCUUCUGCCGCCCUCCUGUCAGGAGCGCGCUGACUGCAGCCUCCCCGGGAAUGCGCGGCCGAGGGAAUGCAAGACACUCAGGGGCCCUGGCAGUGAGCUGGCGCCUGGCGACCUGGCACCCGCGCCUGGAUAUGGGGCGACUACACCGUCCCAGGAGCAGCACCAGCCACAGGAACUUGCAGCAUCUGUUUCUGGUUUUGCUCUUCGUGGGACCCUUCAGCUGCCUCGCGAGUUACAGCCGGGCCACGGAGCUCCUGUACAGCCUGAACGAGGGACUGCCUGCGGGAGUGCUCAUCGGCAGCCUGGCCGAAGACCUGCGGCUCAUGCCCAGGGCCUCUGGGAGGGUGGACCAGCAGCCGCAGGCGCCGGAGCGCGCCAGCGUUGAGCGGCUUCCCCCUCUCUCCUUCAGCCUGGCCUCCCGCGGACUGAGUGGCCAGUACGUGACCCUGGACAACCGCUCUGGGGAGCUGCACACUUCUGCUCAGGAGAUUGACAGGGAGGCCCUGUGUCUGGAAGGGGGUGGAGAGGCUGCCUGGGGCGGCAGCAUCUCCAUCUCCUCUUCCCCUUCCUCUGAGUCCUGCCUUUUGCUUCUGGAUGUGCUGGUCUUGCCUCAGGAAUACUUUAGGUUUGUGAAAGUGAAAAUCGCCAUCCGGGACAUAAAUGACAAUGCCCCACAAUUCCCCGUAUCCCAAAUUUUGGUAUGGAUUCCAGAAAAUGCCCCUGUCAACACCCGACUGGCCAUAGAGCAUCCUGCUGUGGACCCAGAUGUAGGUAUCAAUGGGGUCCAGACCUAUCGAUUACUGGACUACCAUGGUAUGUUCACCCUGGAUGUAGAGGAGAAUGAGAAUGGGGAGCGCACCCCUUAUCUGAUCGUCAUGGGGGAUUUGGACAGGGAGACCCAGGACCAGUACGUCAGCAUCAUCAUAGCCGAGGACGGCGGGUCUCCACCACUGCUGGGCAGUGCCACCCUCACCAUUGGCAUAAGUGAUAUCAAUGACAACUGCCCUUAUUUUGCAGACUCACAAAUCAAUGUCACCGUGUAUGGAAAUGCUACAAUCGGGUCCCCCAUUGCAGCUGUUCAAGCUGUGGAUAGAGAUUUGGGUUCCAAUGCUCAGAUCACCUACUCAUAUAGUCAGAAAGUCCCACAGGCAUCCAAGGAUUUAUUCCAUCUGGAUGAAACCACUGGAGUUAUUAAACUUUUCAAUAAGAUCGGGGGGAGUGUUCUGCAGACUCACAAGCUCACCAUUCUUGCGAAUGGGCCAGGCUGCAUCCCGGCUGUGAUCACGGCCCUUGUGUCAAUUAUCCAAGUCAUUUUCAGACCACCUGAAAUCGUCCCUCGCUAUAUAGCAAAUGAGAUAGAAGGUGUUGUUUACCUGAGAGAACUGGAACCUGUUAACACUCCAAUAGCUUUCUUUACCAUAAGAGAUCCAGAAGGUAAAUCCAAGGUAAAUUGUUAUCUGGAUGGUGAAGGGCCGUUCAGACUGGUACCCUACAAACCUUAUAGUAAUGAGUAUUUGCUAGAAACCACAAAACUGAUGGACUAUGAGCUACAGCAGGUCUAUGAGAUAGCUGUAGUGGCCUGGAACUCUGAGGGAUUUCACGUCAAAAAAAUUAUUAAAGUGCAACUUUUAGAUGACAAUGACAAUGCUCCCAUUUUCCUUCAACCCCUGAUCGAACUAACCAUUGAAGAGAACAACGCACCCAAUGCCUUUUUGACUAAGCUGUAUGCCACAGAUGCUGACAGUGGGGAGAGGGGCCAGGUUUCCUAUUUUCUAGGACCUGAUGCUCCAUCGUACUUCUCCUUAGACAGUGCCACGGGGAUCCUGACAGUUUCCACCCAGCUGGACCGAGAAGAGAAAGAGAAGUACAGGUAUACAGUCAGAGCUGUGGACUCUGGGAAGCCACCUAGAGAAUCGGUCGCCACUGUGGCUCUCACUGUGCUGGAUAAAAAUGACAACAGCCCUAGGUUUAUCAACAAGGAUUUCAGCUUUUUUGUGCCAGAAAAUUUUCCUGGAUAUGGUGAAAUUGGAGUAAUUAGUGUGACGGAUGCUGACGCUGGGCAAAACGGAUGGGUGGCCCUCUCAGUGGUAAACCAAAGUGAUAUUUUUGUCAUCGACACUGGAAAGGGCAUGCUGAGAGCGAAAGUCUCUUUGGACAGGGAGCAGCAAAGUUCGUAUACUUUGUGGGUUGAAGCUGUUGAUGGCGGGGAGCCCGCCCUCUCCUCUACUGCAAAAAUUACUAUUCUCCUUCUAGAUAUCAAUGACAAUCCUCCUCUUGUCUUAUUUCCCCAGUCUAAUAUGUCUUACCUUUUGGUUCUACCGUCUACACUCCCUGGUUCCCCAGUUACAGAGGUCUAUGCUGUUGACAAAGACACAGGCAUGAAUGCUGUCAUAGCUUACAGCAUCAUAGGACGGAGAGGUCCCAGGCCUGAGUCCUUUAGGAUUGACCCCAAAACUGGCAACAUCACUUUGGAAGAGGCAUUGCUGCAGACAGAUUAUGGCCUCCAUCGCUUACUGGUAAAAGUGAGUGAUCAUGGCUAUCCAGAACCUCUCCACUCCACGGUCAUGGUGAACCUGUUUGUCAAUGACACUGUCAGUAAUGAGAGUUAUAUCGAAAGCCUUUUAAGAAAGGAACCAGAAAUUAAUAUAGAGGAGAAAGAACCACAAAUAUCAAUAGAACCAACUCACAGAAGGGUAGAAUCUGUGUCGUGUAUGCCCACCUUGGUCGCUCUGUCUGUAAUCAGCUUGGGUUCCAUCACACUUGUAACAGGGAUGGGCAUUUAUAUCUGUUUAAAGAAGGAGAAAAAGCACCACAGGGAAGAAGAAAAUCUGGAAGUACAAAUUCCACUUAAAGGCAAGAUUGAUUUGUGUAUGAGAGAGAGGAAGCCAAUGGACAUUUCUAACAUUUGAUACUGCAGUGUGAAGACCACUGCCGUGUUUUAACUGCCUUUGGUUCAUCUUCACCACUGGCCCAAGAGUGGUUGAGGGGAGAUCAAAGGAAGGACAAAUAAUUUAUAACUUGUACUAUAUUGUAAAUAACUGUUUACAAGGUUUUUAAAUUCAAAGUCAGAGGUUAUAAAAUGUGUACAGCAUUUUUUUAAUGAAAAUUAGUACUAACAGCUA